UAGCCACAGUAGUUCUAGCCGUAGGUGUAGGUGUCUCUUAUCCGUGGGUAUAGGUCUGGAAUUUUUUUUUCACAUUUCCCGCUGUGAAUUUGGUGAAUAUUGAACGCGCGGGGUUAUUGCCCUCCUUAAUUUUUUGCUUAUUUUGAUUUUGAUUUCCGAAAAUAAUAAGAAAAAAACUCAAAAGAUCACAAACCCUAACAUCAUCACAUUCUCUUUCCCAUCGCUUAAUCCUUCGGUCUCCCACUGAGUCGUAACCGCUGCUCUCUCCCACUGUGAGUCGACCUUCUUCGCGAGGUAAGUUCUCAUGUUAACUGCGCUUUCUCCAUUGUUGCAGAAAACCCUCUCGAUUGUCAUUGUCAUUCUCUAUUGUUGCCAGAACCCUCUCGAUUCCUCUCCAUUGUUGCAGAAAAGAAAGUAUUACAGCAAUGGGAAGGACGACGAGAAAAUUAAAUAUUGGGCGUCGCAUAUUAAAAGAAUCCAACCAAGGAAGUAAUGCUACUCAAACAACCUCUACUCAUGCCGAAGGAAGUAAUGUUGAAGAAACUCAUACAACUUCAACUGAUGCCCAAGGAAGUAGUGUUGGAGAAACUCUUAGAACCUCAAUUCAUGCCCAAGGAAGUGGUGUUGAAGAAACUCGCUCCAAUCCUAGUCAUAUGGAAGAUGAGACACACGAGUCUGAAGAUUCCCACUCCAUUCCUUCUGAUAUAGAAGCGGAAGAAGCUCAUAUUGAAAAAGAAGUUGAACCUAAAAAAAAAAGAGGCCCAACAAGAAUGUUAGAUGUAUGGGAUAUGGAUGAUGAUGAUGUCAUAAUUGUUAAUUUGGAUAAAUAUGGUCGACCCAUUGGUAAGGAAGGGGGAAUUCUUAAUCGUUUCAUAGGAAGUAUGGUUCGAAGGAAACAAUUUGCUCCCAUCAAAUACACAUCUUGGAAAGAGAUGCCCUUAAAGCAAAAAUCUGCUAUGUUGAAAAAAAUUGAGUCCAAAUUUGAGUUCAUUCCUCCUAUAAAUGACACAACAAGGGAAAUGUUGAAAUCUGAGUUGAACGACAAGUGGAAACAAUGGAAGACCGAUUUAAAAGGAAAGGCAUAUGAUCCAAGUAAAACAGAAGAAGAAGUUGCAUCUGUUGUACCAGAUAGUAGGGUUGAUCCCGAUCAAUGGAGAGAAUUGGUUCAUCAUUGGUUUUCUGAAAAAGCCCAAAAAAUAAGUAAAAUUAAUAGACAAAAUCGUGCUAAGUUUGAAGAUGUUCAUCAUCUGGGUACAAAAAGUCUCCCAAUAUUUAUUGAUGAAAAGAAAAAAAAAGGCAAUGGAGUAUCACCCAAACGUAAAGAGAUUUACAUUGAUACUCGUACCCGUAAAGAUGGUUCAAUUGUUAGUGAAAAAGCUUCAAGAGUGAUUGAAGAACUAAAGAAACAUGAUAAUGAGGUUGAAACAUCUCAAUCGGUCCAAGAGAUACAAAGUCACAUGCCUUGGAUGGAUGAUAUAUAUUCCAAAGUACAAGGACCUGAAAAAAGAGGACCAGUGCGUUGUAUGGGCAAGAUUCCCAAACCCAAAAAAUUGAAAGCUUCUUUGUCCGAAAAUCAAGAGUUACGCGAUAAAGUUAAGCAAAUGCAAGAACAACAAAACAAUACAAAUGCGGUGUUGGUAAAUGUGUUGUCAUUGAUUCAAAAUCGAUUUUCUGGAGAAGAUGUGAAUGACAUUUUACGAGCUGCAAGACAGGUUACUGAUUCUUCUAGUUCCCCUAACCAAACGGAUUCUCCGAAUCCAUACACUAACGAAGAUUAAAGAGAGAAAACGUAUAUUGUGUUCUGGGUUCUUUGCUGUCCUGUUUGGCUGGUUUUGGGGGCUGCUACUAUCUAGUUGGAUUCCGUUGCAAGUCCGUUUCAGAUUAUUGUUUGGUAGGGAUGACAUACACAUGUAUUUUGGUGGUUGGUAGUUUUUCGAUUUGUAGUUUUAGGGUGAAUUACAAGCAAACAGUGGCUGUCAUGUUGCUUUCAAGUUGUACUAAUUUUAUUUAACUUUAAAAAAUUUGGUGCAAUUUCAAUUUUGGAGAUUUUUCUAGUUAA